CACUCACUCCCCUGCAUUUAUACAGAAGCAAUUAUUCUGUUUUCCCUCUACACAAUCUUCUCCUCUCCUUCAGAUCAUGUCUCUCUUACUCUUCUUCCUCCUAACUCUUUUGGUACCUUCAAGCAAUGCUGGCUGGCCACCAUCACCUGGCUACUGGCCAAGUUCUAAAUUCAGGACUAUGAGCUUCUAUAAAGGGUUUAGAACCCUUUGGGGUGCUCAGCAUCAGAGCUUAGACCAAAAUGCAUUAACAAUCUGGCUUGACAGAACCACAGGAAGUGGAUUCAAGUCGGUUAAACCAUUUAGAUCCGGUUACUUUGGUUCCUCCAUUAAGCUUCAGCCUGGUUAUACUGCAGGAGUUAUAACAGCUUUCUAUCUUUCAAACAGUGAAGCUCAUCCAGGGUAUCAUGAUGAAGUGGAUAUUGAAUUUCUGGGGACUACAUUUGGAAAGCCCUAUACUUUACAGACCAAUGUUUACAUCAGAGGAAGUGGAGAUGGAAAAAUUAUUGGAAGAGAGAUGAAGUUUCAUCUGUGGUUUGAUCCUACCAAAAAUUUUCAUCACUAUGCUAUAUUAUGGAGUCCUAAGGAGAUUAUAUUUUUGGUGGAUGAUGUGCCCAUAAGGAGGUACCAAAGGAAAAGUGUUGCAACAUUUCCCUUGAGGCCAAUGUGGCUCUAUGGUUCAAUAUGGGAUGCCUCAUCAUGGGCUACUGAAGAUGGAAAAUACAAAGCAGAUUACAGAUACCAACCUUUUGUUGCGAAGUUUACCAAUUUCAAAGCUGGUGGUUGCUCAGCCUAUUCCCCUGCCUGGUGCCACCCGGUCUCCGCCUCUCCAUUCCGGUCAGGUGGGUUGACCCGACAACAAUACCGGGUCAUGAAAUGGGUUCAAGCCAACCAUAUGGUGUAUGACUAUUGCAGGGAUUACAAGAGGGACCAUUCCUUAACACCUGAAUGUUGGGGUUAAUCAUAUGCUUCAAUAUUGAAGUUCCCCUCAGUUUUCACUUCAUUUAAGUGCAUCAUCUUAUCAAAUAUGUUUUUAUUUUAAUUUU